UUUUUCUUUUUUCUGUUUUUCUUUUCGAUCAAAAAAAAUCUCUUUAUUAUUCUGAUUCUCUACUUUCCUUCCGUGGGUUAGCUCUUCUUAAACCCAGAAAAGAAAUUUGAGUUUACAUCAUCAGGGUUUUGAUUUUCUUGCUUGCUUGAUUCGGAUUGGGGAUAAUUUCAUAUCCUUAAGGAAGCGGUAUAGAUUGAAGUUCUUAUCAGUGUGGUUUACAUAUGCUUAAUAUGAAUUUCAAAGGUAUAACCUGGGUAGGUAACAUAUAUGACAAGUUUGAAGCUAUAUGCUUGGAUGCCGAGGAUAUCAUGAGCCAGGACACAGUUAAAUACGUCGAAAAUCAGGUACAUAAUGUAGGUGGAAACAUCAAAAAGUUUUGUGCAGAAUUUGUCAACGAUUUGCUCCCUAUCGAAGAUCCUGUUAAAGAGAAAGAUUCUGAUAAAGAGGCAACUGCUGAACUAGGGGCCUGUGAAAAGGCGAACUUGAAUUCUAAAAAUAUUCUUAAGAAGGAGAGUGGUCCUCAUAAUUUUUUGGAAGUAAUUGCACCUGUAGUGAAAGAUGCAGGCUUAGUUUCAUUUCUAUCUGGAGUACCUCAAAUAAACCACUUGUUUCCUCUAGCUUCCACUAGUCCUGUUAAAGAGGUUGUUUCUGACUUGUCAGUCAAAAAAAGUGUUGUUGCUGAUAAGCGUAAGAAGACGAAGGUAAACGUUAAAGAUGAUCAUAAAGAGGAGAUUCCGCCUCUUCAAGCAUCAUCACCUGUUCGAAUUCAAGUGCAAGAUCAGUUGCGGCCAUCAUCUCUUGGUUAUCCUGGUGACAUGUCCACCUUGGGAUCAUCUCAAGAAUGUAAUGGUUCUGUGGGAAAGUGUGAGAAUUCAAGUGGCGACAUGAAAGGAGUUUCUGUGAAGGAAUAUCCAGAACCAGUUAUAACUGAUACUUUUGGAGGGAUCAAUUCUGUGGGGGAUCUUUCAAGUAGAGAGACUAAUUUCAGCAGACCCUGCAAUGAGAAUCGUGAUCGAGCCUGUGUUACACUGAAAACUAUAUUAUCCCAAAAUUCAAAUAAGGACAUAGUUGACAACUCCCCAGACCAUGGAGAAAAUAUGGAUCAUAUCAUGUUAGGUCAAAGUGGUCGUGAUGCUAAUGUCUCAAAGGCUCAGUUUCUUCCUCCUGUUUUGUUAUAUGAGAAUAAAGCAAUGGAGGCUGGAUGGACCGCAUCCAACAACAGCUUGUUAUCUGGACCUAAUGUCGUAGACACUUUAACAACUUUCAAGGCACUGAUGGAGUCUUCAACAAAGUCUCCUGUAAAUGAAGGUGACCACUGCAAAGACGAAGAGCAAGAGGUGUUUUUGACUCCACAACCACAACCACAACUUGGAACAUCUGAUUAUGAGGAAAGUGCAGAAUGGGAGAAGGCAAAUGAUGAUGUUGGUAACACUGCAGACCAGGAGGAACAUGAUGCCUUUAAUGAUGGUGUAGGACUGGAGGAGGCAAAUUAUAUUAUUGGCCUUGACACGAAGACCGUUGAACAAUUUGAGAAUUUGAAGCUUGAGGAUAGUUGUGUAGUUGUGCAGCCUUUCUCUGUUUCUUACAGAGAUGGCAAAAACAAAUCAUACAAAAGAAAAAUUCGGGAUGCUAUUGCUUCGAGAAUGGGGUCAUCGAAAAAGAAGGAAUAUGAGCAGCUAGCAAUUUGGUGUGCAGACAUUGAUGCUGAAAGUACCCAACAUAGAUUUGAAACGUCCAGUUUAGCCACUCCUACUAAAAAGUUGGACUCAAAGAUCUCGUCAAGUGAUGAGUUCUGUGAAUCAGAGUGGGAGAUACUUUAAAUAGGAUUACAAGUUUACGCUGUAAAUAACCACGUAAUCUACUGUCUAUCUGAAAGUGUGAUGAAGAUGCUGCUGCUCUGCUCUAGUUCAAUACUAAGGGAUGAGAAGCGUCUCUGCACUCGUAUUUAUACAAGAAUGUUAAUAUGAGGUAAGUAAUAUCUAAAUACUAAAUCAGUCAGAAGUUCCAGUGCUGAAUAUUGAUCUUUCAUAAAAUAGCAACCUUUUAUGUGGUUGUAAUUCGAUACUUCUAUUAAUAGCUUCACUGUAAGCUUUAUGUGUUUCAAAGUCUCGGAUGUUCUGGUUUCAAGUAUAACACGUGUAAAUAUUUAAGUUCUACUUUGAAUCUUCAUGGUCUGUCCAAACUUUUGAAGACCUGUUACAACUCGAGUUAAUUUUACUUACAACAUCUAUGGCUGUUACAAA